UGUCAUCUCUUGCCCGUCCGAUAUAUAUAUAUCACUGCUUCUUCCCAGCGAAAGUAAUUAAUUCUAAUGGUUAGAAAUCAUCAUCGCUAUCAUCAUCACUUCAUUUCCUCAAGCUUCAAUACUGAAUGUCAGUCUGUGAUAUCAUAGUCGGUCUUGGCGUCGAACAUUCGUCGCAAGUGGUAAAGUCUCACAAGAAAUAUUUUGCUCCGUCCUCGGUGCAACAUACGUGUAACAUACCUAUAACCCCAGAUACAAAAUCAAAAUAUCCUUCCAAGCCAUAAAUAUCACAACGAUUGAGCUUUGAAGUAAUCAAUAUGGCCUCAUUAGCUGGAAAGACACAGCAGCUAGAUCAUAUAGAAGACAACAAGGAUAGUUCGACAGCUUCAGCGUCCAAAAUCACUCCCGGUCUUCGAGUUCUUCAACCACCAGAAUGGAUCGCGGCUCUCUCUCCUGAAGAACGUAUCAGUAUCGAAUCUAAACUAAAGAGAAAAAUUGAUAUAAGAUUGCUGCCAAUGGUAAUCAUAAUGUAUAUCAUGAACUAUCUGGACAGAGUACGUCUUUCCUCUGAUUUUACAUAUUCCACAACUAAAACUUCAUGAUAGAACAACAUCGCAGCAGCGCGAUUAGCAGGAAUGGAGGAAGAUUUGAAACUAGUAGGAGAUCAAUACCAGGUAUGUAGCUAGAUACCUAUCAGAGUUUUAUGAAUGCUAAAAGCUAAUAAUUAUAGACUUGCGUCAGUAUCCUAUUCGUCGGAUACCUCCUAAUGCAAAUCCCCUCGAAUUUAUUCUUGAAUAAACUCGGCACUCCCGCCACCUAUCUCCCAACAGCAAUGAUCAUUUGGGGAAUGAUAUCGGCUUCAACAGCGGGAACCCACAGUUUCAUCGGUCUUCUUAUGUGUAGAUUCUUCCUCGGCUUCGUCGAGGCUGCAUACUUUGUGAGUUUUCUUUGCAUGUGAUGUUUUCUUAUAUGCCAGAGGAGGAUUCUAAUACUGUUCAGCCCGGAUGUCUCUACUACCUCUCAUGCUGGUAUACCCGCAAGGAGUUAGGUUUGCGCACAGCCUUUCUUUUUUCCGGAUCCUUGAUCAGCGGAGCAUUUUCUGGUCUCCUAGCCGCGGGUAUUACGGACGGAAUGGAUGGAGUGAGAGGACUUCUUGCCUGGAGAUGGCUUUUUAUUAUCGAGGGUUCCCUAACGGUUGUGAUUGCUGCUGCUGGUUACUUUAUCAUCCCAAAUUUUCCGCGCACCACGGCUUGGUUGACGGAGCAGGAGCGUGAACUGGCUGUUUGGCGUUUGGAAGAGGAUGUCGGUAUGGACGAUUGGGUUGAUAGCCAUCAACAAACCUUCAUGCAUGGCUUGAAACUCGCUUUUGCCGACAUCAAAACCUACAUUCUCAUGCUUAUCCUAUUUGGUAUCGUUGCAGCUGCUUCGGUUACCAAUUUCUUCCCGUAAGAUCUCCCAAUCAUUCAUCUAUCCAAGGAAACCACUAAUACUUCUCAGAACCGUCGUAGCAACUCUAAAAUACAACAGAAUUCAAUCACUUCUGUUAACCGCACCUCCAUACGUCCUGGCCCUCAUAACCUCUAUGGCCAACGCCUGGCACGCUGACAAAACAGGCGAACGAUUUUUGCACAUCGCCAUUCCGCUCACCAUCGCAUUAAUAUCUUUCAUCCUUGCCGCGGCAACCACAAGUACCGCUCCUCGCUACGUCGCCAUGAUGCUCAUGGUUCCCGGCUGCUACACCGCUUUCGUCGUCGCACUUGCUUGGAUCUCCAAUACACUGCCUAGACCCCCUGCUAAGAGAGCCGUCGCGCUCGCGUUCAUCAAUGCGGUUUCUAACUCGUCGAGUAUUUAUGCUAGUUACAUGUAUCCCAGUAGUGCGGGUCCGAGAUACAUAGUGGCGAUGAGUGUGAAUUGUGCAAUGGUUUUUAUGGCCAUGUGUGCGGCGCUUACGUUGAGGACGAUGUUGGUUAGGUUGAAUAAGAAGUUAGAUAGGGGAGAAAUGGUAGAUGGGGCGGUCAAUGAGGGUACGGUGGCGGCGGGUCAGAGGGGAUUUAGGUACAAGGUUUGAGUUCUAAGAUUUCAAGUGAGGGAAUGUGGUGAUGAUCCGUCAUGCUAUGUGGAUACGGCGAAUAAUGAACAACCUUCUUGUUGGUUGUGAAAUAGAGAAAAUGAUCACCUUUCAAGAUGCAUGGAUGGGUUCUAUAUUAGCUAUAGUUUAGCGUAGAUUUGUAUGUGAAACGAUGGAAAAUAUGAUCGUUCAAAACUUACUU